AUGUCAGAGCGGCACGACACCAAUGAGCUCUCUGUUCAUUGGUGUCAUGGUCUCAACUUCACCUCAGCUCUUGCUUGCGCCGCUCCUCCAGUUCGUGUUGCUCACGCUGAUCGCGCUGCUCCUCCUGCUUUUUACGCUGCUCCUCCUGCUGCUCCUGCUGUUUGCGCUGUUCCUGCCACACAAGCUCCCCUGUAUCUGCUCCUGCUUCAGCUGCUCCUCCUCCAGCUGCUUUUUUCCUGUCCGCCUGCUAAGCUCUUCUCUGGCCUUCCUGAGGAGUUCCUUUCUGCUCUGAUAUCCUCCUGCUGCAGUGUUGUGGUUCCAGUGACACAUGAGAGGAGGGAAAACAAAAAUAAGUUAGGCAAGAACAAAACAACAAACAGUGAGGAGGAUCUUCUCAGUGUGGACAUUGGAGAGGUGGCAGGAGGAGACCUACACAUGUUCUCUUCACUGCAGACUCAUGGUUACAAUUUCCAGACCCGCACACAGACCUCAACGCCCGAACAGGUGACCCGUGGACACACAGACACCAGUGUCCAGGAAACUAACCAGGCCCUGACCAGCGCAGCUUCAGAGGUCUCACCGGAUCUGGCUAUUGCAUGCAAUGAGGUGGAUCUUCUGAGUGUGGACAGUGGAGAGGAUGUCUGUUGGGGUUCUCCAGGGAAACACAGAAAACUCACCCUGUCCAGAGCAGUAUUUAUCUUCAGCUGUUUCUGCAUAAAUCUGGAGGGCAGCGCACUUAUUAAAGGACUUCAUAGAGACACAUUUUGGAUAAGAGCCAGUGUUCCCAGGUCUCGGUUACAGUAA